GUGAGCGAGAAAGAGAGAGAGAGAGAGAGAGAGAGAGAAACCCCUGUCCUGCACACCCAACCACAAGCCCGUUUCCCCCCUGCUGUAUUUUGAGGAAUAUUGGAUUACUUUCCGCACUGGAGCACUAACCGAGUACAUCCAUGGAUGGUCAGGUGGCAGCGUAUCACAGCUGUGUUGAAGUGUGAACUAAACCAUGGAGCUGCUCUAUAGGCUGGCCUCUAGCAGACACAGCAGCCGCACGGUCUACAGCAGGACAAGCAGAACUGACUUAGGGAGCCCCCACAGCAUGCAGCUGGGUCCUCAGUAAGGACAAGCGGACCUGUCCUCUGUCAACUUCACCUGGGGCCAGGGCUGCAGAAUGCUCAGUCCUGCCACCCCAUACAGUCUGUUGAAGAUGCACUGGUCUCCGGAGCACGCCACCCCUUUAUCUCAGUGGCCUGAGCAGCACCUAGAUGUAACGUCCACCACCUCCCCCCAGUCUGCCCACAAACAAGACCCCUACAGUACUGCUGCCCGCCGCACCUUUGCCCCUUCUGGGUAUCCUUGGGCCAGUGAUGACAUAUCUGCUCUUACGGCUUCGUCGCUCCUCAAGCGAUACGCUGAGAAGUACUCAGGUCUGGAAUUGUCAUAUGAACGCCCUGCUUCAGGUGCCUACUCUGAGUCUGCAAGUUUCCUAAAAACUGAAUCCGAGCCCUGGGGUCUGAGUCAAGGCAUGGAUUGCUACCCUGGACUUGAGGCAUUAACUGGCUCCAAGGAGAGAUCUGCCUCCGUAGGAAUCCCGGCCACUGGAAGCGUAACGUUAGUGAGUAGUAACUUGGUCUCGGAACCAGGCUACAGCGGUGCUGGCUCCUGCAAUGCCCCAUCAUCUCAGGAAUACCCUCCUGCCUACAACAGCACCUAUCUGUCCCCGGGAUACUGCCCUCAGCCCAGUGCAGCACUUCCACCUGCCCCUCUGCACACCCUGCAGCCAACGCCUACUCUAGUGCCCGGCUACAGCACCAGCACUCCCGUCUACAACUACCCACCGGGUUGCUACCCCCAAGCCACCCUUUCUUCUGGAUACAGCCACCCCAGUGCCUCCUACCUUCCCUCAGGAAUCAGUGCUCCCACGCCCCUGGCCCCUAGGCCUACUGUGGUCGGGGGUAGUUAUAGUUACCCGUACCACAACCUUGGAGGGAGCUCUGAUGCAGGUGUGCCACUGAAGCGAAAGGCCUUUGAGAUGACAGAGGAAGAACAGGAGGAGGUAGAGGUGGAGGGGUCGCGCUACAAAAAGUAUGGCAACGGUUCCGGAAGCAGCCAUAACAAAGGUAACGGUGGCGGCCAGCCCAACGGCUAUGAUGUCAGCGGCCCCGCCUCAGACCAGCAGGCCUACAAACCUGGAAAGCCCCUGAUAUCGUCUCCAUACAACGGAGCAGGGGACUACAGCCCACCGUCAGGCCUUGCAGGGGAGGGCAUAACUGGGGAGCACAGCUUUUCUCAGCAGCAAAGAAUGUCCGUGAAGAUGCCUGCAUCUCACACGCGAGCAGAGGACCCCACUGGUGGGCGCUGAUAAUCCAAGUCAACAUCAGGGAGGAGUAUCUGAAGACUAAGGGGCUCUGGAAGAACACUGACUUGUUCUA